CCAGACAGCAGAGCUACUUGGAUAGACUCCGCGGCGGGGCCGAGACCCACCGGAGGCGCGCGGCACGAGCCAGUGGCCGAGCCAUGGCUGGCGGGGAAGACCGUGGGGACAGGGAGCCAGUAUCAGUGGUGACCGUGCGGGUGCAGUACCUAGAGGACACCGACCCUUUCGCAUGUGCCAACUUCCCGGAGCCUCGCCGGGCCCCCACCUGCAGCUUGGACGGGGCGCUGCCCCUGGGCGUGCAGAUACCCGCGCUGCACCGCCUGCUGGGGGCGCCGCUCAAGCUAGAGGACUGUGCCCUGCAAGUGUCUCCAUCUGGAUACUACCUGGACCCUGAGCUGUCCCUGGAAGAGCAGCGGGAGAUGCUGGAGGGCUUCUUUGAAGAGAUCAGCAAAGGGCGGAAGCCUACUCUGAUCUUGCGGACCCAGCUCUCCGUGAGGGUCAAUGCCAUCUUGGAGAAGUUGUAUGGCUCCAGUGGCCCUGAGCUCCGCCGCUCCCUCUUCUCACUAAAGCAGAUCUUCCAGGAGGACAAGGACUUGGUGCCUGAGUUUGUGCAUUCGGAGGGGCUGAGCUGCCUAAUCCGUGUGGGUGCAGCUGCCGACCACAACUAUCAGAGCUACAUUCUCCGAGCACUAGGCCAGCUAAUGCUUUUUGUGGAUGGGAUGCUGGGUGUGGUGGCCCACAGUGAGACCGUGCAGUGGCUGUACACACUGUGUGCCAGCCUGUCCCGCUUGGUGGUGAAGACAGCCCUGAAGCUGCUGCUGGUGUUUGUGGAAUACUCUGAGAGCAACGCACCGCUGUUCAUCCGUGCAGUCAACUCUGUGGCCAGCACCACGGGUGCUCUUCCAUGGGCCAAUCUGGUGUCCAUCCUGGAGGAGAAGAAUGGUGCGGACCCUGAGUUGUUGGUGUAUACUGUCACCCUCAUCAACAAGACUCUGGCAGCGCUCCCGGAUCAGGACUCCUUCUACGACGUGACAGAUGCACUGGAGCAGCAGGGCAUGGAGGCACUGGUCCAGCGCCACUUGGGCACCGCUGGCACAGAUGUCGAUCUGCGCGCGCAGCUUGUGCUCUACGAGAAUGCCCUGCGGUUGGAGGAUGGAGACAUGGAAGAAGCUUUCGCAGGUGGGCGGCGCACCACUCGCCGAAAGCCUUCUUCAGAGGAAGGCAAGAGAAGCCGACGAUCUCUAGAAGUGCGCACCCCAGAGCCUGGCUCCACAGGCCCCGCCUCACCGAUCGUCUCCAUCUCCUCUGCCGGCCCUGCCCUGCUGUCAGGUCCCGCCUCCAGCCUCAUAGGCUCCGCCCCAUCUACAGGCCCCGCCUCCAGUCCCGGGGGCCAGGCCUCUGGCCUGCAUACCACCGUGAGCCUCUUUCCUACCAUUUCCGUGGCGCCCUCAUCCGACAGCUCCUGUGAGAGGAGUAUCUACAAACUUCACCAAACUGCUCCUGUUUGGGCCCCUGAGAACCCACCUGUCCCCCAGUCCCCCACUGGGCAGGCCAGGCUGGAAGCCCGGUUCCUGGAGAAUGUAGCAGCAGCAGAAACAGAAAAGCAGGCUGCACUGGCCCAGGGCCGGGCAGAGACACUGGCUGGAGCUAUGCCCGAAGAGGUCGAUGGGCACCGAGACACCCUGGAACUACGGGGCUCCCCAGAACCAGCCCCUGCACCCAGAACACCCCAGAGUGCUGCCCCCCGAAUCCUGCUCCGGGCCCAGCAGUGCCUUGAGCCAGAGCCCAAGGAGACUUUGGCCCCACCAAGUCCCAAGACUGAGCCCAUUCAGGAACUCCGUACCCAUGUACCUAAGCUCUGCAUUGGGGAUCUGGACUUCUCAGAUCUGGGGGAGGAUGAAGACCAGGACAUGCUGAAUACAGAGUCUGUGGAGGCAGGGAAAGGGGUCCCACCCCCACCACCCCUGAUCUCUGGAGGCCCCCCACCUCCUCCACCCCCACCUCCCCCACCCAUCAAAAGCCCCUUCCCACCACCUCCACCCCCAGUUGCCCCUCUUCCUCCUUCAGCACCUGAUGGCCUAGCCCUCCCCACCAAGAGAAAGACAGUUAAACUCUUCUGGCGGGAGCUAAAGUUGGCUGGGGUCCAUGGAGGCUCUGGGAGCCGCUUUGGGCCCUGCCCUACCCUGUGGGCCUCACUGGAGCCUGUCUCAGUGGAUACAGCCCGGCUAGAACACCUGUUUGAGUCUCGAGCCAAGGAUGUGCUGCCUUCCAAGAAAGCUGGUGAGGGCCGCCGCACAAUGACCACAGUGCUGGACCCCAAGCGCAGCAACGCCAUCAACAUCGGCCUAACCACGCUGCCACCCGUGCACGUCAUUAAGGCUGCCCUGCUCAACUUUGAUGAGUUUGCUGUCAGCAAGGAUGGCAUUGAGAAGCUACUGACUAUGAUGCCAACGGAGGAGGAGCGGCAGAAGAUCGAGGAGGCCCAGCUGGCCAAUCCUGAUAUACCCCUGGGCCCAGCUGAGAAUUUCCUGAUGACUCUCGCCUCCAUCGGGGGCCUGGCGGCUCGCCUACAACUCUGGGCCUUCAAGCUGGAUUAUGACAGCAUGGAGCGGGAAAUUGCAGAGCCACUGUUUGACCUGAAGGUGGGAAUGGAACAGCUGGUCCAAAAUGCCACCUUCCGCUGCAUCCUGGCCACUCUGCUGGCUGUGGGCAACUUCCUCAAUGGCUCCCAGAGCAGCGGCUUUGAGCUGAGCUACCUGGAGAAGGUGUCAGAGGUGAAGGACACGGUGCGCCGACAGUCACUGCUGCACCAUCUCUGCUCCCUGGUGCUCCAGACCCGGCCUGAUUCCUCCGACUUCUACUCAGAAAUUCCUGCCCUGACGCGCUGUGCCAAGGUGGACUUUGAGCAGCUGACUGAGAACCUGGGGCAACUGGAGCACCGGUGUUGGGCAGCCGAGGAGAGCCUGCGGAACUUGGCCAAGCACGAGCUGGCUCCAGCCCUGCGUGCCCGCCUCACCCACUUCCUGGCCCAGUGCACCCGCCGUGUUGCCAUGCUGAGGGUCGUGCACCGCCGUGUCUACAACAGGUUCCAUGCCUUCCUCCUGUACCUGGGGUACACGGCAGAGGCAGCCCGUGAGGUGCGCAUCAUGCAGUUCUGCCACACACUGCGGGAGUUCGCGCUGGAGUAUCGGACUUGCCGGGACCGGGUGCUGCAGCAGCAGCAGAAGCGCGCCACGUAUCGUGAGCGCAACAAGACCCGGGGACGCAUGAUCACCGAGACAGAAAAGUUCUCAGGUGUGGCUGGGGAAACCCCCAGCAAUUCAUCUGUCCCAGUGGCUGUGAGCAGUGGGCCAGGACGGGGUGAUGCUGAUAGUCAUGCCAGCAUGAAGAGUCUGCUGACCAGCAAGCCUGAAGACACCACACAUGGCCGCCGCAGCAGAGGCAUGGUCCAGAGCAGCUCCCCAGUCAUGGCUACAGCAGUGGGGCCCUCCACUGUGCCCCAAGAAGAAUCUCUGGGCUCCAGUUUACCAAGUGACACUUCAGAUGAGAUCAUGGACUUGCUGGUGCAGUCAGUGACCAAGAGCAAUCCUCGUGCCUUAGCUUCUCGAGAACGCAAGCGUUCCCGUGGCAACCGCAAGUCUUUGAGAAGGACGUUGAAGAGUGGGCUUGGAGAAGAUCUGGUACAGGCACUGGGACUGAGCAAGGGUCCUGGCCUCGAAGUGUGAAGGCCCUGCCUGCAGGACAUGUACUAGGCCCCAGCCUGCAAUGCAGGAGACUACACUGAAGAGGGACCAGAGGAGAUUCUGGGCCUUUUCUCAAGGGCCACUCUGUGUUCCAGUGGCCAGCGCCGUGAGCAGUAUUAGCUAUGUGUGCCUGUGUGAGUGUGUGUGUGUGUGCAUGUAUGAGCUCCCUGGAUGCAUGGAGCAUAAUAAAGUUUUCCUAGCCAA